UUACUAAAUUUGAAAUAGGGUAAAAAUAGCACGAAUAAAUAUUAUGUUCCAACUGCAGAGUUAUUCAUGACUUUUUUCAUAAAUACAUGCAAGAGCUGACUAGUUGGUUUAAUGAUGUUUUAGAUUAAGUGUAUAUAAGACUGUGUGACAAAUAGGACAUAAACUUAGAAGAAAACAGUGACUCAUAUCACAGCUCUGAUAAGAACAAUUAAAAAAUGUCAACUAUAUUUAGAUUUCUGUACACAGCUGCCUGACAUUGUUAUAACAAAGUAAAUUGAAAACAAAAUCCACAGUGUGUGCCAAACUAGUAUCCCUUUAAUUGGUUGACUCAGAAAAUUUUACUACCACCAGUUCCACAAGUAUCAUUUGUAAAAUUUGUUUUAGCUUUAGGGUGGGGGAAGUGAUUUUUACUUUUACUUCUGUUUUAAGGGCCAGAUGCUACACGUUGACUUCAAGACUGCUAGUGUUUGUAAAAUUAAGCAUGUGUAAGCAUUGUAGACUCUUGACCGUAUUUACUGAUUUCUGAUCUCUAUUCCUGAAGAAUGGGUAUUAAAUCUGUAGUUCAUUUUCUCACUAGGUAUAAUUCAUAUAAGUUCAGUUCAUUAAAAGAAAAACUGAUCACUCUUAAAAAAAUAUAUUUAUAUAUUGGUGAUCUAAGAUUACUAAAAGUUGUAGUCUGCUGGAAAAUGUCUUUGAGAGACUAACAAUAUCUUGUAUUGUCCUGAACAAACCUUGUGAAAAUAAGAUAAACUUUAUUGAAUUAGGAUUAAUACUUUUGGGGUAAAUUGUAUUAAAACUUCAAUUGUGUAUGGGCUAUUGUGGCAUUUUAUUACUCCUGGGGGAAUUCUGUGCCAAAACUUUAAAAAUUCGGUGCACAAUAUUUUAAAAUUCUGCAUAUUUUAUUGGUCAAAAUAACCCAAUAUAAUCAUGUUAGUUUCAAUUAUUUUGGUAAUUUAUUUCAAAAUACCUGUCAGCAAGUAUGUCUGGAAGAUUCUCCCAGGAGUAGAGAGUUAAAGAAACCUUUACAACAACCCAGUUCCUGUUUCUCUGUUAUGGUUUUGUUGGGUGCUUCCAUCUGGGUGUGUCACACGUGCCAGCUGGGCAUAUCGUGGGGGGGAAAACUCUCUACCCACCAGUCUUUUAGUAGAUUCUUGUUUAUUUGCCCUGCCCACUUAGGUUUACUAUAUUUCAAGUUCCCAAAUAGAGGACACUGCCGGGAGGGGGGUACAGUUUGGGGGUGCUGGAGGGGUCUAUAUGUAUGGCAAAGGAGUAUUUGGGGGAGUGUCAGAGGAGGGGAUUUGGGGGAUGCUGGAGGGAGCUGCAUGGAGCCCCUCCUCCCCAGCCCAGAUGCCUGCAUCUCCUACCCCAGAGCCCAACUGCAGGCUACGUUCUGUGCAGCUUCAUUACUGUCUCACCAGGCAGAGACUAUCCAUACCUACUGAUAGGGAGUGGGUGCAUAAUUUAAAGUUUCAUCCAUCCCCAGAACAGCUCGAGUGACAUGCAUCCCUCCGUCCCCUCCCUCCUUGAGCAGACCCCCCCUUUGCCCUUCAGUCUCCCCUCCUGGAAAGCAGCGGCCCCUCUCUGCAGCUCCUAGCUAUUGUUCCUGCCUUUUCCAUGGGGCACAGCUUGCCAUCUCUGAAAGCUGCUGUGCAAGGAGGCCUGGCUACACCACGUGACUGAGCAGGGCCAGCAAACCCAGAACCGUAGCCCGCCCAUACCUCUUGCGCGCAGGCACGCUGCAAGUUGGGGAGCCAGGCUCUGCUGGGUCCAGCGCCCCUAGUGGUAACCAGCAGCUAUGCAGCACCAAAUUUUGCAAGGAAAAAAUGUAAUUCUGCUUAUAACAUUAAUUCUGCACAAAUACUGCAUUAUGCAGUGGCACAGAAUUUUCUCAGGAGUAAUUGUAUGUAGUACCUUCUUUAGUAGGGUGGGAGAAUGCUAAUGUAUUUCCUUCUUUAUGUUUCUUUAAUGUUUUUCUCUAUAAUGCUUUUUACCUUAAGAAUGAAAUAGGCUUGCAUAGAAAGAACUGUGUGAUACUUAUAACUUUAGCAAUUAUACCUGCUCAGCAUCUCUGAAGAGAAAGCAAGCAAGUUUCAUUAGGCAAUCUUUUUGUACUGGGAAUAACCCAUUGAAUAACUGUGCAGCCUGGAAAUACCCUGGUCAGAAGGGAGAGAGAUGCUGGUCUACACCCAAGGGAGGUGAUGGCCAGAGGAGCUGGAACCCUGAGGGAACUUCAGUGGAAAAAUAUAUUGCAUUUGGAGUUGUGAUAACCUUAUUGUAGUCUGAAUGAUGCUGGGUAUUGGGGAAGGUUGAUGGUGCCCCUUUUUGAUAACAUGCCUAAUAAGCUACUGGGUAAUGAUGAAGAAGCCCAGCCCAGCCUAUUCAUUUGGGUUUGAGAGAUUUGAAGUACUAGCAGUAUUUGCUUCCACAGUUCUGGCACAACUUGGAGCUCUUUUCAUUCUAAAAGAAAGUACAGAACGGUUUCUGGAACAACCUGAGAUACACACGGGACGAUUGUUGGUUGGUACUUUCGUGGCUCUCUUUUUCAACUUGUUUACAAUGCUUUCCAUUCGGAAUAAGCCUUUUGCUUAUGUGUCUGAAGCUGCUAGUACAAGUUGGCUUCAGGAGCAUGUUGCAGAUCUUAGCAGAAGUCUAUGUGGAAUCAUUCCAGGGUUGAGCAGUAUCUUCCUUCCACGAAUGAAUCCUUUUGUCUUGAUUGAUCUUGCUGGUGCUUUCGCUCUUUGCAUUACGUAUAUGUUAAUUGAAAUUAACAAUUAUUUUGCCGUAGAUACAGCCUCUGCAAUAGCUAUUGCUCUGAUGACUUUUGGUACCAUGUACCCUAUGAGUGUCUACAGUGGAAAAGUAUUACUUCAGACAACCCCGCCGCAUGUGAUUGGUCAGCUAGAUAAACUUAUUAGAGAGGUUUCCACUUUGGAUGGUGUCUUGGAGGUUCGAAAUGAGCAUUUCUGGACAUUGGGCUUUGGUACUUUGGCUGGAUCAGUACAUGUACGAAUUCGAAGAGAUGCUAAUGAACAAAUGGUACUUGCUCAUGUGACUAAUCGACUGUACACUCUAGUCUCUAUUUUGACUGUCCAGAUUUUCAAAGAUGAUUGGAUCAGACCUACCUUAACAUCUGGGCCUAUUGCAAACAAUAUGUUGAAUCUUUCAGAUCAUCAUAUUAUUCCAAUGCCACCUUUAAAGACUACUGAUAAUUUGAACCCUGUUACAUCCACUCCAGCUAAACCUAGCAGCCCACCUCCAGAAUUUUCUUUUAACACACCGGGCAAAAAUAUGAACCCAGUCAUCCUUUUAAACACUCAGACAAGACCGUAUGGAUUGGGCCUUAAUCAUGGAUCUGUACCUUACAGCAAUGUAUUCAAUCAAGGACUUGGAAUUCCAGGGAUGGGAGCAAUUCAAGGAUUCAGGACUGGUUUUACAAAUGUGCCAAGCAGAUAUGGAACUAGCACUCGAGGUCAAUCCCAGCCAUAAUAAACUCUAUUAUGCGUUAUUUAUUGUACAUAAGGAUAUCGAUUUUUUUUUAAUUGCCCAGUUUUUGUAAACCAUUAGACCAUUCUGAAUUACUGGGAUCAAUUGUAUUGUUUAUAUUUAUUAAACAGUUAAAUUGCAUUUCCACUUUUUUAUGUUAGUAUAUAUGAUGCAACAAAUUCUUGACAGACUUGUGAACUUGCAAAUAGUUUUUACAGCUACUGAAUUUAUUCACUUGCAGAUUUUCUAUUCACUUUUUUCUUUUUCCUUCAAUAAUGUGCUUAAGUAUAAUAUGAACAUAGUUUCAUGAGAGAGCAAAAUUGUGAAGGCAAAGCAUCCUCCAUUCUUUUCAACUGUGAAUUGUUUCUAAAUUGUUUUACUGAAUGAUUGUGCAACAGCAGUGAUUCAUCUGUUCUGCCCCAGUUCUCAUUUCUUUUCUUAAAAAUUAUGAUCACUAUUUGAUCAAUCUUUGGCAAAGUCACAGUUAGAUUUUCCUUGGUUGGAAAAGUCUGUUUUCUCAAUACACAUUUUACUGGCCAGUAUAAGGACAAACUGAGACUUUUAAAUUUCUUAUUGACAUUAAGGAAUCAUUUAUUAUAUAAUUGUAUUUCUUGUUGAUUUUAUUGAGGUACAAAGUGUUCAACUGUUUUCUUGUAACUGUUUCAUACUCAUUUGUAUUUUUUUAUUUUAAUUGCAAAAUUACAUGACAAUAUACUGGGAAAUAAAAUAUUAGAAAUUCC